UUAAGUAAAUUAAUGAUUAAAAUGUUUAAUAUCAAGUCAAUGUAAGUGGGAGAAAAUUAAAUGCACUAUCAAUUGGUUCAACGUAAUAUUUUUUAUCAUUAUGAGUGGUUUUUUUUUUUUAUAUAAAAACAGCACUUGUGAUACUUUCAUAUUUCAAGAUCAUCAAUUUACACAUGUACAGCUUGAGAUGUGUAAAUCUCUUGCAGUAUAUCAUUAACUGGUUUAAGUUUUUGUUGAGUAAUAAAUGUUUAAGAACAGAGUGUUGUGUAAUAUUUAUUGAAUAUAAAAUAUUGUGUAUAUAAAAAAAAGUUAAAAUGAAAAUAUUAUUUAAUAUUUUAGUGUUAUUUUUUUUGAUAAUUGAGAUUGAUAAUUGUGUUGGAUAUAGAAUCCUUGCAUUAUUUCCAUUAAAUGUAAAAAGUCAUUUUAAAAUGUAUGAGAGAUUAAUGAAAGGACUUGUUGAACGUGGACAUCAAGUGGAUGUCAUCAGUUGUUAUCCACUUGAUACACCAAUGAAAAAUUAUACAGAUAUUGUAUUAGAUCUAAUAGCUUCUGAAGAUGUUGAUGAAUUUACGUAUGAUCUUCUUCCUAUAUACACUGGUUUAUCUCUGUAUAAUAUGCUUGCGACUUCGGUUGGAAAUGACCUUUGUAAGGGUCUUCUUGAAAAUUCUAAAAUUAAAAAUAUCAUAAAUAAUCCACCAACAGAUCCACCAUAUGACUUAAUCAUCAUGGAAUUGUUUGCUGCCAACUGUUUCAUGGCACUUGGACAUAAAUUAAGCAUACCAGUAAUUGCAACAAGUACAUCAUUUUGGCCAUGGACAUCAGCAAUGCUUGGAAAUCCUGAGAAUUUAGCAGUAACACCAAAUAUAUUGAUCUAUAAUUUUGAUAGAAUGAAUUUUUUUGAUAGAAUGUAUAAUGUUAUUUUUACAUUUUAUACAAAUUAUAUAUUUAAUAAAAUAAGAACACCACAAGAUCAAAUGAUCAAAGAAACGUUUGGUCCAAAUACACCUAGUCUGAUGGAAUUGGAAAAAACAUUUGAUUUAUUUCUCGUAAAUACACAUCCAUCAUUGAAUGAUCCAAUACCAAGAAUACCAGCAUUAAUUGAAGUUGGUGGUCUUCAUGCUCUGGAUGAUGACAGCCCUGAAUUGACCAUGGCUGAUAAAAAACGGCUAGAUGAGAGUACUGAUGGAUUUAUUUAUUUUACAUUUGGAUCAUUUGCCGUGACUGAAUCAUUUCCUUUGUCAAUAAUUCAGGCAUUUUACAAAUCAUUUGCAAAACUUGCUCCAAUGAGAGUACUCAUGAGAGUUAAACGACCAGAAAGACUUCUACCAGGACUUCCAGAGAAUGUUAAAAUUUUCACAUGGAUAUCACAACCUAAAGUACUUAAACAUGAGAAUAUUCGUGCAUUUAUAACACAUGGUGGAUUAAUGGGAACUCGGGUUGGGAUUGAUAAUUGUGUAGGAUACAGAAUCCUUGCAGUAUUUCCAUUAAAUGCAAAAAGUCAUUUUAAAAUGUAUGAGAAAUUAAUGAAAGGUCUUGUCAAACGUGGACAUCAAGUAGAUGUUAUUAGUAGUUUACCACUUGAUACACCAAUAACAAAUUAUACAGAUAUUGUAUUAGAUCCAAUAGUUUCUGAGCAUAUUGAUGAAUUUACUUAUGAUCUUCUUCCUGUAUACACUGGUUUGGCUCAGUAUGAUAUACUUGCGACUGCAGCAGGAAAUGUCCUUUGUAAAGGUUUUCUUGAAGAUUCUAAAACUAAAAAUAUAAUUAAUAAUCUACCAACAAAUCCACCAUAUGAUUUAAUCAUCAUGGAAUUAUUUGCUGCUAAUUGUUUUAUGGCACUUGGACAUCGAUUAAAUAUACCAGUAAUUGCAGCAACGCCACAAGAUAAAAUGAUUGAAAAAACAUUUGGUCCAAGUACACCUGGCCUGAUAGAAUUGGAAAAGCAAUUUGAUUUAUUUCUCGUAAAUACACAUCCAUCAUUGAAUGAUCCGAUACCAAGAGUACCAGCAUUAAUUGAAGUUGGUGGUCUUCAUGCUCUGGAUGAUGAUAGUCCCGAAUUAACAGAGGCUGAUAAAAAAUGGCUAGAUGAGAGUACUGAUGGGUUUAUUUAUUUUACAUUUGGAUCCAUGGUUGUAACUGAAUCAUUUCCUUUAUCAAUAAUUGAAGCAUUUUACAAAUCAUUUGCAAAACUUGCACCAUUACGAGUACUUAUGAAAGUUAAACGUCCAGAAAGACUUCCACCAGGCCUUCCUAGCAAUGUUAAAAUCUUUUCAUGGAUAUCACAACCUAAAGUACUCAAUCAUGAGAAUAUUCGUGCAUUUAUAACACACGGUGGAUUAAUGGGAACUCAAGAAGCUGUUCUUUACGGAGUACCAAUGAUUGGUGUACCACUUUUUUGUGAUCAAUUUGACAAUGUUGAUCUGUAUGUACGAAAAAAUAUUGCAAUUCGUUUAGAUCACAAAGAAAUAACUGAACAAAAAUUGAAUUUUGCUUUGAACGAAAUACUUGAAAAUCCAAUGUACAGAAUCAAUGCAAAAAAAUUGGCCAUCAAAUUUAAAGAUCGUCUAUCAAGUCCACUUGAUACAGCAUGCUACUGGAUCGAAUACAUUGGUAGACAUGGUAAAAAUUCACUGAGAUCACCAACUUUGGAUUUGGCUUGGUGGCAAGUUCAACUACUCGAUGUCUAUGCUGCAAUUUUAUUCAUCAUCACCAUGAUCAUAAUUAUUUCAGUAAUGUUAGGAAAAUACAUAAUUAAAAAAUUCUAUUUUUACAUUCCAACAUCAGGCGAAAAAAAAAAUUACUAUAUAUGGAUACUUGCAUUAUUUCCAUUGAAUGUUCGCAGUCAUUUUAAAAUGUUUGCAAGAUUAACAAAAGGUCUCGUUGAACGUGGUCAUCAAAUGGAUGUCAUCAGUUGUUAUCCACUUGUAAUGCCGAUGACAAAUCAUACUGAUAUUACUAUUAGACCACUUGUUACUGAAAAUCUUGAUGAGUGUCAUUAUAAUUUUUUUUAUGUGUACAAUAAUGUGAGGCAAUUUAAAACAUUCGCAAGUCAAUUAGGUAAUAAAGUUUGUGAGGGCAUUUUGAAGAAUUCUGAAAUUCAAAAUAUUAUUAAUAAUCCAUCAACAAAUCCACCGUAUGAUUUAAUUCUCAUGGAAUUAUUUGCUGCUAGUUGUUUUAUGGCACUUGGACAUCAAUUAAAUAUUCCAAUAAUUGCUGCGACACCACAAGAUGCCAUGAUUGAGGAAAUGUUUGGUCCAAGUACACCUGGUCUGAUGGAAUUGGAAAAAACAUUUGAUUUAUUUCUCGUAAAUACACAUCCAUCAUUGGACGAUCCAAUACCAAGAGUACCAGGAUUAAUUGAAGUUGGUGGUUUACAUGCUCUGGCUGAUGAUAGUCCUGAAUUAUCAGUGGUUGAUAAAAAAUGGCUAGAUAAGAGCACUUAUGGAUUUAUUUAUUUAUCAUUUGGAUCAUUUACCGUGGUUGAAUCAUUCCCUUUAUCAAUAAUUGAGGCAUUUUACAAGUCAUUUAAUAAACUUGCACCAAUAAGAAUACUCAUGAGAGUUAAACGACCUGAAAGACUUUCAUCAGGUCUUCCGAGCAAUGUUAAAACUUUUACUUGGAUAUCACAAGCUAAAGUACUCCAACAUAAAAAUAUUCGUGCAUUUAUAACACAUGGUGGAUUAAUGGGAACUCAGGAAGCAGUUGCUAAUGGAGUACCAAUGAUUGGUGUACCACUUUUUACUGAUCAAUUUACUAAUAUUGAUCUGUAUGUACGAAAAAAUAUUGCCAUUCGCUUAGAUCACAAAGAAAUAACUGAACAAAAAUUAGAUUUUGCCUUGAGGGAAAUACUUGAAAAUCCCAUGUACAGAAUCAAUGCAAAAAAAUUGGCCAUCAAAUUUAGAGAUCGCCCAGCAAGUCCACUUGAUACAGCAUGCUAUUGGAUUGAAUAUAUUGGUAGACAUGGUAAAAAUGCACUGAGAUCACCAACUCUAGACUUGGCUUGGAUCCUUGCUUUUUUUCCAUUAAAUGUAAGAAGUCAUUUUAUGAUGUUUGAGAGAUUAGCUAAAGGUCUUGCUAGACGUGGUCAUCAAGUGGAUGUUGUUAGUCCUUAUCCACUUGUUACGCCAAUGAAAAAUUAUACUGAUAUUACUGUUGAACCUCUGGUUACUGAAAAUAUUAAUGAUUUUAGUUAUAAUCACUUUUAUCAGUACAAUAAUAUAAUGCAAUUUGAAAUGUAUGCAACUCAGAUAGGUAAUGACGUUUGUGAUAGUAUUUUAAAAAAUUCUAAAAUUAAAAAUAUCAUUAAUAAUCCACCAACAAAUCCACCGUAUGAUUUAUUCAUCAUGGAAUUACUUGGUGGUAAUUGUUUUAUGGCAUUUGGACAUAAAUUGAAUAUUCCAAUGAUUGCUGCGGCUUCAUCUAGUGUUCCAUGGACAUCAGCCCUGAUUGGAAAUCCUGAUAAUUUAGCUAUAACGAACAAUAUUUUUCUAAGUACCAGUUUUGAUAGAAUGAAAUUUUUUGAUAGAAUGUAUAAUGUUAUUUUUACAUUUUAUACAAAUUAUAUAUUCAAUAAAUUAAGAGCACCACAAAAUAAAAUGAUUGAAGAAACAUUUGGUCCAAAUAUACCUGAUUUGAUGGAAUUGGAAAAACAAUUUGAUUUACUCCUUGUAAAUACACAUCCAUCAUUGAAUGAUCCAGUACCAAGAGUACCAGCAUUUAUUGAAGUUGGUGGUCUUCAUGCUUUGACUGAUGAUACUCCUAAAUUAACAGAGGCUGAUAAAAAAUGGCUAGAUGAGAGUACUGAUGGAUUUAUUUAUUUAUCAUUUGGAUCCAUGGCUGUAACUGAAUCAUUUCCUUUAUCAAUAAUUGAAGCAUUUUAUAAAUCAUUUGCUAAAAUUGCACCAAUUAGAAUACUCAUGAAAAUUAAACAACCUGAAAAACUACCACCAGGUCUUCCAGAUAAUAUUAAAACGUUUACAUGGAUAUCACAAGCUAAAGUACUCAAGCACAAAAAUAUUCGUGCAUUUAUAACACAUGGUGGAUUAAUGGGAACUCAAGAAGCAGUUGCUCAUGGAGUACCAAUGAUUGGUGUUCCACUUUUCUGUGAUCAAUAUACAAAUAUUGAUCUGUAUGUACAAAAAAAUAUUGCAAUUCGGCUAGAACAUAAAGAAAUAACUGAACAAAAAUUAGAUUUUGCCUUGAGGGAAAUUCUUGAAAAUCCCAUGUACAGAAUCAAUGCAAAAAAAUUGGCUAUUAAAUUUAGAGAUCGCCCAGCAAGUCCACUUGAUACAGCAUGUUUUUGGAUUGAAUAUAUUGGUAGACAUGGUAAAAAUGCACUGAGAUCACCAACUCUGGACUUGGCCUGGUGGCAGGUUCAACUCCUCGAUGUCUAUGCUGCAAUUCUAUUCAUCAUUACAAUGAUCAUUAUAAUCUUAGUAAUUUUAAUAAAAUACAUUGUUAAAAAAUUCCAUUCCCACAUUCCAACAUCAGAUGAGAAAAAAAAUAGCUAG